CUGCCGGGCGCCCGCCGCGGCGUGUGGGUGGCUCCAGGCGGCCGGUACCCAGCGACAGGCGGCGAGGUGGGAGGAGGCUGGCGGGGCGGAGGAAGAGGAGGAGGGAGCGCGGCGGUGCUGCGGGCGUAUCAGCCGGUGCUGGACUAUGGUGCGGCUCGGCGGGGGCUGACACGCCGGCAACCCGCCCGCCCUUCCUCCCUGCCGGCUGACAGGCACGUGUGGGAUGUGAGACCUGCCCUCGCCGGGGGAGCAUGAGCUGUGCCCAGGCCGGCAUUGUCCAGAACUGAGUGUCACAGGGAAGCUAGCUGUGUCCUGUGCCAGCAUGAAGCACUGACAUUUCUUAUUACUCGAGCAGCAGGCUAAAGCAGAAACAGCCACAGAAGUUACUACCAGACCAGAAUCUGUACCAAAACAGGUUCCUGGGCCUGGCAGCCAUGGCAUCUCCAUCUAGGAACUCACAAAAUCGGCGCCGGUGCAAAGAGCCUCUCAGAUACAGCUAUAAUCCUGACCAGUUCCAUAACAUGGACAUCAGGAACAAUUCCCAUGAGACGGUCACCAUUCCUAGGUCUACCAGUGACACAGACCUCGUCACUUCAGACAGCCGGUCCACCCUGAUGGUCAGCAGCUCCUACUACUCCAUCGGGCAUUCACAGGACCUAGUGAUAUACUGGGAUAUAAAAGAGGAAGUGGAUGCAGGGGACUGGAUUGGCAUGUAUCUCAUAGAUGAGGUCUUGUCAGAAAACUUUUUGGACUACAAGAACCGUGGCGUCAAUGGCUCUCACCGUGGUCAAAUUAUUUGGAAAAUUGAUGCCAGCUCUUACUUUGUGGAGCCUGAAACAAAGAUCUGCUUCAAGUACUACCACGGCGUGAGUGGGGCGCUACGAGCCACGACUCCAAGCGUGACAGUGAAAAACAACGCAGCUCCUAUUUUUAAAAGCAUCACCAAUGAAGACUCAGUCCAGGGACAAGGAAGUCGGAGACUGAUAAGUUUUUCAUUGUCAGAUUUCCAGGCUUUUGGUCUGAAGAAAGGAAUGUUCUUCAAUCCAGAUCCUUAUCUGAAGAUUUCCAUCCAGCCUGGAAAACAUAGCAUCUUCCCAGCCCUUCCUCAUCAUGGACAGGAGAAAAGAUCUAAGAUCAUAUGUAACACCGUUAACCCUAUCUGGCAAGGAGAGCAAUUCAGCUUUGUCUCCCUGCCCACCGAUGUCCUGGAAAUAGAAGUUAAAGACAAAUUUGCAAAGAGCCGACCGAUCAUCAAACGUUUUCUGGGAAAACUCUCUAUGCCGGUUCAGCGCCUCUUGGAAAGACAUGCCAUAGGGGACAGGGUUGUAAGCUACACUCUGGGUCGCAGACUUCCUACAGAUCAUGUCAGUGGCCAGCUGCAGUUCCGAUUUGAGAUAACUUCUUCCAUCCAUCCAGAUGAUGAAGAGGUCUCCAUUAGUGCAGAUCCUGAGCCAGCUGACCUCCCGGAAAGCCCUGUGAACAACCCCACAGAGGAAAGCCUCGGUGAGCCUCCAUGCAUCAACACAGUGACCUCAGAAAGUGCAGCUCCAGAACAGCUAAAUGGAUACAGUGUGAACAGUGUCGAUAGCCCAGGGGCUGUCAAACCACCUGGGGAAGUCAACCAGAACAGCUUAAAUGAAGAGCUAGCAGGAGAUGGGGAGGUUGAUGCGGUGCCAGUUCCUGAGCCCUUGGAAUCCAUCCCAGGAGAAGUGCUGCCUUCUUUGAGUGCUACGGACCUCAUGGAGCAGUCGGAUCUGACAGCUUGCAUGUCUCCUCCUGAGCCUGAAGUUAGGGAAAAUAACAAAGUCAAUUCUGGUAUUCAGGGAGAUGGUGGAGUCUUGACCAGCAUAGAAACAGUAGAUAUUGAUGAGGUGAGUGCAGAUGUGCAUGCUGGCAAAGACCUAGAGAAGAGUCAGGAUGAAGAAGAAGAAGGGGCUUCAGCCCAGGAGGAGGAAGACAACAAGCUCCAACUGAGGACCACAGCAAAGAGGAAAAACAGGCCGUGCUCCCUGCCUGUGUCUGAACUUGAGACAGUCAUAGCUUCAGCUUGCGGUGAGCCAGAGACCCCUCGCACACACUACAUACGGAUACACAACCUGCUCCACAGCCUGCCCUCGGCACAGAUGAGCAGCGAUGGGGAAGAAGAGCAAGAUGGUGGUAAUGGGAGGGAGAACGAUGAGGAGUCUACUGUCAAGGAGGUAAUGGAUAAGGAGGUGGUCAGUGAGAGUGAGACCAUGGCAGCAGAGCCUCCUCUGGAAAACGAGGCUGAAGAGAACUUCAGCCAGAGCACGGUGCCUCCUGGAACCUUGGAUGAGCAACUCUCUGACUUGAAUGAUGGGCUGUUGGAUGGGGAACCCCCCAGGACAGGAAGUGAGAGCGAGUCAAGCUCCAGGCCCAAUGGUGACAACGAAUGUGAAGCGUGCGACACCUCUUGCUACAGCCCCUCUUGCUACAGCACCUCCUGCUACAGCACCUCCUGCUACAGCACUUCGUGCUACAGCACCUCCUGCUACGACAGUAACAAUCGCUUCUCCAGCCAUACGCGCUUCUCCUCCGUCGACAGCGCAAAGAUUUCCGAGAGCACGGUCUUUUCCUCACAGGAUGAUGAUGAGGAGGAGAACAGUGCUUUUGAGUCAGUGCCAGAUUCAGUGCAGAGCCCUGAGCUGGACAGGGAGCAAGUGGAUGGCUCCUCCCAGUGGCCAGAUGAACUAGUAGCUCAUGGUGGGAAUCCACAGAGAGCCACAGAGGGUCUAGACACCCCAAUAGCAGGUCCAAGCAGCAGAAGAGAAGGUGAUUGUCCUUUACUCCAUAAUUCUCAGCCAGUCAGCCAGCUUCCUUCUCUGAGGCCUGACCAUCAUCACUACCCAACUAUCGAUGAGCCUCUUCCACCAAAUUGGGAAGCUCGGAUAGACAGCCAUGGGAGAGUGUUCUACGUGGAUCAUGUCAACCGCACCACCACAUGGCAGCGGCCCACAGCCGCAGCAACGCCAGACGGGAUCCACAGGUCUGGCUCCAUCCAGCAAAUGGAGCAGCUGAACCGCCGGUACCAAAACAUCCAGCGAACCAUUGCAACAGAGAGGACUGAAGAUGAUGCUGUGGUAAACAACAGGGUGGAGAGAGUUCCCACUGGAGGAGGAAGUGACUCUGAGGCAGAGCCUUCCCAGCCAAGCCCAGAGAUUAGGAGGGAAGGUUCCCUUUCUCCUGUGAAUUCUCAAAAAAUCACCUUGCUGCUGCAGUCUCCAGCUGUGAAGUUCAUCACCAAUCCCGAGUUCUUCACUGUGCUGCAUGCAAACUAUAGUGCCUAUCGAGUCUUCACCAACAGUACCUGCUUGAAGCACAUGAUUCUGAAGAUUCGUAGAGAUGCUCGUAAUUUUGAGCGGUAUCAGCACAACAGAGACCUAGUAAAUUUUAUCAACAUGUUUGCUGAUACCCGACUGGAGCUUCCUCGUGGCUGGGAGAUAAAAACUGACCAGCAGGGCAAGUCUUUCUUCAUUGACCACAAUAGCCGUGCUACCACCUUCAUAGAUCCCAGGAUCCCGCUGCAGAAUGGGCGUCUCCCAAACCACCUGACUCACCGGCAACAUCUCCAGCGACUUCGUAGCUACAGCGCUGGAGAGGCCUCUGAAGUCUCUCGAAACAGAGGAGUUACUCUGUUGGCCAGACCAGGCAAUAGUCUCGUAACAGCUAUUCGAAACCAGCACCAUCACGAGGCAUUACCUCUGGCUUACAAUGACAAGAUUGUUGCAUUUCUACGCCAACCCAAUAUUUUUGAGAUGCUGCAGGAGCGUCAGCCCAGCUUGGCCAGAAACCAUGCACUCAGGGAGAAGAUCCAUUACAUUCGGACAGAGGGCACCCAUGGGCUUGAAAAGUUGUCGUGUGAUGCAGAUUUAGUAAUUCUGCUGAGCCUUUUUGAAGAGGAUAUCAUGUCCUACAUACCACUGCAGGCUGCCUUCCAUCCGGGUUACAGUUUUUCUCCUCGCUGCUCACCCUGUUCAUCACCCCAAAACUCUCCAGGGCUGCAGCGAGCAAGUGCAAGAGCACCUUCUCCAUACAGGAGGGACUUUGAAGCCAAGCUGCGCAAUUUCUAUCGAAAACUUGAAGCCAAAGGGUAUGGGCAGGGUCCAGGGAAAAUUAAGUUAAUUAUACGGCGUGACCACUUGCUGGAAGGCACCUUCAACCAGGUAAUGGCAUAUUCACGCAAGGAGCUCCAGCGGAACAAACUCUACGUCACGUUUGUCGGCGAGGAAGGGUUGGACUACAGUGGCCCCUCCCGAGAAUUCUUUUUCCUACUGUCUCAGGAGCUCUUCAAUCCCUAUUAUGGGCUGUUUGAGUAUUCAGCCAAUGACACUUACACUGUACAGAUCAGCCCCAUGUCUGCCUUUGUUGAAAAUCACCUGGAAUGGUUCAGGUUCAGCGGUCGUAUUCUUGGCCUUGCUCUCAUUCAUCAAUACCUUCUUGAUGCUUUCUUCACAAGGCCGUUCUACAAAGCACUGCUAAGGCUGCCAUGUGAUUUAAGUGACUUAGAGUACCUGGAUGAAGAGUUCCAUCAGAGCUUGCAGUGGAUGAAGGAUAACAAUAUCACAGAUAUCCUGGAUCUAACCUUCACAGUGAACGAGGAGGUGUUUGGACAGGUGACAGAGAGAGAGUUGAAAUCUGGAGGGGCAAAUACAGCGGUGACGGAAAAGAACAAGAAGGAGUACAUCGAGAGAAUGGUAAAGUGGCGAGUGGAACGAGGAGUGGUCCAGCAAACAGAGGCCCUGGUCCGUGGCUUCUACGAAGUUGUAGACUCCAGGCUUGUCUCUGUUUUUGACGCCAGAGAACUGGAGCUAGUUAUAGCUGGCACUGCAGAAAUAGAUCUCAAUGACUGGCGGAACAACACAGAAUAUCGUGGAGGCUACCAUGAUGGACACAUAGUGAUACGGUGGUUCUGGGCAGCCGUGGAGAGGUUUAACAACGAGCAGAGGCUGCGAUUGUUGCAGUUCGUCACGGGAACAUCGAGCGUGCCCUACGAGGGUUUUGCCGCUCUCCGCGGGAGCAACGGCCUGCGGCGCUUCUGUAUAGAGAAAUGGGGGAAAAUAACCUCCCUCCCAAGGGCACACACAUGUUUCAACCGUUUGGAUCUUCCACCUUACCCCUCAUAUUCUAUGCUGUAUGAAAAGCUGCUGACAGCUGUUGAAGAAACUAGCACCUUUGGACUUGAAUGAGGGGGUUCAGGCACUUCUGGUGUUUUUAUGGCUGAUGAUGUCACCUUUCCUGUCCACCAUCAUUUGAUCUUGGUUUCCCAUGUUUUUAUUUUUGAAAACAAAACAAAAAUCAAGAUUAACAAAAGCCGUGCAUGGAGAACUGCCACCCUCUAUGAUCUAACCUUCAUGCUUUCAUCCUCUGUUUCCAAUGGACUGCUAGUCUGUAUGCAAUAGAAAAUCAACUGUCUCAAGGUUUCUGUAUAUCUCUACAUACCUCCAUUAAUAACAAUGAAAAUACAAAUGCAAGUUACACUACACUUGACCAAAUGUUAAUAAAUGUUUACUUCCACCUACGUUGAUUAAAAAAUAAAAAAAAACUUCAUCAAGCAUUCCAAGCUUUUAUAUACCCAUAUCUUCUAAAUCAAUUCAUAGCCCAUCUUACUUCUUAAUCGUUGAAUCCAGUACUAGGAGCUGGUCAAAUGUAUCAUCAUCCAUCCCUAUUUUCCCUGUAUGUAUUGUCCAUCUGAAAGACACCUAUGAGCAAAACUGAAAUUUUUAUAUAUGAACUCAUGAUCCACAUCAGUUGUAUCAGCUGGAACUGGCCCAGAUACAUGGUGCAGAUAAGACCUUCAAAAAGUUUAAAAAAAACCAACAAAACACCAACCUGUAAUGCAAUGCAAAGCAUAACGGCGAUUGUUAUGAUUGUUGCUUGCCAGUACUGGAGAGAACUUGCACUUCAGAGCUAUCGGGAGGGGCAUCUCCAUUGUAAUGUUUACCACACAAGAAGCACAAGGUUGUGCACACUCAAGAAGGAUGUUUUAUUAUGUAGCAUAAAGGACAAAGGCUCCCUUACCUUAGUAUUGUAUAAGACAAGGAAAAGGAGAAGUAAGAAGAAUGUUCUACUCUUA